CUCUCCCUUUUCACCCUUCUAUCCAUCAAAUCUUUUUUUUUUUUUUUUUUUAUCAUCAUGGCCGCUAAAUCAGACGGGAUGCUGAAGAUGAAGAAGAGCGAUGUGGCUUUCACACCGUUGCAGAACUCGGAUCACUCGGGUUCAGUGCAAGGGUUGGCAGCAGGAUCCCAGCCCGGAUCAAGUACAGGGGAUGGGGGCUGCUCAGACGGGAACUCGCGGUGCUGCUGUAGCAGUGGUAGCGGUGUCAGAGUUGGCAGAGAAGGAGGUGCUGCUGCUGGAGCGUCCGCUCUGUGUCUGCGUUUGGCCAGAGAGCAGCAGCGUUACUCUAUAUGGGAUUGCCUGUGGAUCCUGGCUGCCAUGGCAGUCUACUUUGCCGAUGUAGGGAGCGAUAUAUGGCUCUCAGUCGACUAUUACUUGCGGGGCCAGCGGUGGUGGUUUGGGCUGACCUUGUUCUUCGUGGUCCUUGGCUCCAUGUCCGUGCAGGUUUUCAGCUUCAGGUGGUUCGUGCAUGAUUUCAGCACCGAGAACAGCUCCCAGUGCUCUCCGGCUGACAGCAAAGCGGGGGCUUCUGCUACUGGAGUCGAUGUGGAUGUCCGUCCUUCUACCCCACAGAGACAGCCGUCCACGGCCAGCAACAAGCCAGCUGCCCCCAGCAUCAGCACCAGACCGAGCCAGAACAGGUCUGCCUCCUGCUCCUGCUGCAUCUGGUUCCUGCAGUCACUCAUCCAUAUCCUGCAGCUCGGCCAGGUCUGGAGGUAUUUUCAUACUAUAUACUUGGGAAUUCGAAGCAGACGAAGUGGAGAGAAUGACAGAUGGCGAUUUUAUUGGAAGAUGGUGUACGAGUACGCAGAUGUGAGCAUGCUGCAUUUGCUAGCUACAUUCCUGGAAAGUGCUCCCCAACUUGUCUUGCAGCUUUGCAUUGUCGUACAGACUCGUAGCUUACAGGCCCUUCAAGGUCUUACAGCAGCGGCAUCUUUGGUAUCCUUGGCUUGGGCUUUAGCAUCCUAUCAGAAGGCAUUACGUGAUUCUCGAGAUGAUAAAAAGCCAAUCAGUUACAUGGCUGUAAUUAUCCAGUUUUGCUGGCACUUCUUCACCAUUGCAGCAAGAGUGAUAACAUUUGCCCUUUUUGCCUCAGUUUUUCAACUCUACUUUGGGAUAUUUAUCGUCCUUCACUGGUGCAUCAUGACCUUCUGGAUUGUCCAUUGUGAGACGGAGUUUUGUAUCACUAAGUGGGAGGAAAUUGUGUUUGAUAUGGUUGUUGGAAUAAUCUAUAUAUUUAGCUGGUUUAACGUUAAAGAAGGAAGGACACGGUGCAGGCUUUUUAUUUAUUAUUUUGUCAUCCUGCUGGAAAACACUGCCUUGAGUACCCUUUGGUAUUUGCAUAGGGCCCCUCAAAUCUUGGAUGCAUUUGCCAUUCCGGCACUGUGUGUAGUGUUUAGCAGCUUUUUAACAGGUAUUGUUUUUAUGCUAAUGUACUAUGCCUUCUUUCAUCCAAAUGGACCUAGGUUUGGGCAGUCACCAAGCUGUGCUUGUGAAGACCCAGUUACUGCCUUCCCUUUGCCCCCAGAAGUGGCCUCAAACACUCUUAGGUCAAUGUCCAACAACCGUAGUGUGGCCAGUGAUCGGGAUCAAAAAUUUACAGAGAGAGAUGGCUGCAUGCCAGUCUUUCAAGUGAGGCCUACUGCCCCCUCAACACCAUCCUCAAGGCCUCCUCGGAUUGAAGAAUCCGUAAUUAAAAUUGACCUGUUUAGGAAUAGGUAUCCUGCAUGGGAGAGACAUGUGUUGGAUAGAAGCCUACGUAAGGCAAUUUUAUCUUUUGAAUGUUCACCUACUCCUCCUCGACUUCAGUAUAAAGACGAUGCUCUUAUUCAGGAGCGACUGGAAUAUGAAACCACCUUGUAACAAAAAAAACCCUAAUAACUAAAAAGUUGAAAAACAAAUCUCUUUCAGGAGCUGCAACACUAUGUUGAACAAUAAGGCUUGCCAGCGGAUUGGUGGCAAUAACUAAACUGCAUA